GGGAGCGGCCCUGAGGGGCACUGCGAUGCACUGGGCGUUCAAGGACACGGCCCUGGAAAAUAGGAGUUAGAUCCUGGUGAACGGGGGAGGAAAAGUCCCGCUCCCUCCUCUCCGCCUUUUUUUUUUUUUUUGGCAACCACUGCAGCUGGCUCAGCCCAUCUGGAGGAACUUUUAUCCCCUCUGCCCUCCCUAUUCCUGGGUUUCCCCCUCCGGUCUGCCUGGCGGGACCUGUACCCCGAGGUCAUGGCUGCUGCGAAUCCAGCAAAAAGUCUCCAGGAUGAACUGACCUGUUCCAUCUGUUUGGACUAUUUUAAAGAUCCAGUGUCUCUAGACUGUGAUCACAAUUUCUGCCGAGCCUGCAUCACCCAGUGCUGGGAGGGAUUUGCUACUGAGAUCUCCUGCCCCCAGUGCAGAGAGAUCUUUCCCCAGAGAAACCUCAGACUGAACAGGCAGCUCAGGAAUGUUGUGGAAGCAGCCAGAGAACUCAGGUUGUCCUCAGGGGGGGAACCAGAACCAGAGAGACUGUGUGAGAAACAUAAGGAGCCUCUAAAACUGUUCUGCAAAGAGGACGAAAUCCCCAUCUGCCUGGUAUGUGAGAGAUCAAAGGAGCACAGAGAUCACACAGUCAUUCCUGCAGAGGAAGCUGCCAAAGAAUUCAAGGAAAAGAUUCAGGCUCAUUUGAAGACGCUGAAGGAAGAGGGAGAAAAGCUGCUGGGAUUGAAAGUGAGCAGAGAGAAGAGAAGCCAGGAAUAUCUGAGAAAUAUACAAACCGAGAGGCAGAAGAUUGUGUCUGUAUUUCAGCGACUGUGGCAGUUCCUGAAGGAACAAGAGCGACUCCUGCUGGCCCAGCUGGAGAAGCUGGACAAGGAGAUAGUGAAGAUACAGAAUGAAAAUGUCAGUAAACUAUCCCAGGAGAUUUCCCGUCUCAAUAACGUGAUCAGCGAGAUGGAGGGGAAGUGUCAGAAGCCAGUGACAGAAUUGUUGCAGGAUGUCAGAAGCACCUUCAGCAGGUGUGAGAAGGGGAAGUUCCAGCAGCCAGAGGAGAUUUCUCCUAAAUUAGAAUUAAGACUCAGUGAUUUCUCCCAGAAAACUGUUGCUCUAAUGGAGACUCUCAGGAAGUUCAAAGACGCUCUGCCGUCUGCAUUGGAGACAAAAAGAGGAGGAUUCCUAGGAACAUUCAGACAGGUGAAUGUGACUCUGGAUCCAGACACGGCUCAUCCCGAACUCGUCCUGUCUGAGGAUCGGAAAAGUGUGAGACGGGGAGACACACGGCAGCGACUGCCCGACAACCCUGAGAGAUUUGACACUCGGCCCUGUGUGCUGGGCUGUGAGGGAUUCACCUCGGGGAGACAUUGCUGGAAGGUGGAGGUGGGGGGUGGGCGAUACUGGUCUGUGGGGGUGGCCAGAGAGUCUGUGGGGAGGAAGGGACGGACCAGCCUUAGCCCUAAGGGGGGGAUCUGGGCUGUGGAGCGGUUGGGGGGUCAGUUCCGGGCUCUCACCUCCCCUGCGACCCUCCUGCCCCUGAGCCGGUUCCCCAGCAGGAUCCGGGUUUGUCUGGACUGUGACCGGGGGCAGGUGACAUUUAUCGAUGCUGGUGAUGAGGCCCCGAUCGUCACUUUCCCGCUGGGCUCCCUCCCCGGGGAGAGAAUCCGACCCUGGCUCUGGCUCCGGGUGGGGAUGGGAUCCCGGCUCAGACUGUGUCCCUGAGACACAGCAGAAGGGGGAACUGGAAAUCAGUCUCUCUAGCCACAUGGACCCAAGUUUCUAUGAUCUUGGAGGACUCCCAUCUACCCAGCCCCUUUCUCUUUAUCUCUAUGGCUGCUGGAAGCUCCUUCCCUUCACUCUCUGCAGCCCCAGGGAUGGGAGGGGGAAGAAUCUCGGGGGCUGCAGGGGGGCAGAGGGGCCCUGUGGGGCAGAUGUGGGGGCUGGGCAGGGGGCAGAACUAACAGCCGGGCAGGGAACAGGCAGAAGUGGGAGUGGCAGGGACACAGCGUGAAUCAAUCAGGGUUUGGGGGGUUGGGGAGAAGCAGCAGCAGCAGGGAGGGGUUUGUACAGAUCUGUGGGAUUAGAUCUCACUGGGAUUUCUCAGCCAUAGCUCCUGCCGAAGGGGCCCGAGUCACCUUCCCCUGUAGAUGCAGGGUUGGCACCACUGUAUUUGUCACACCCAUGGGGCAUGGACAGGGAGUGUUAAAAAAUCAUAAAAUAAACCAGGCUACAUUA